AUGGAAUUUCGCAUUUCGGUGGGGGCUAGGACCCUCGGCGUCGCAGAGUCAUCUGGACUUGAAGAGACGAUCCCACUCGGAGACGGAGACCUGUCUAUCCUUGAUCCGUUUACAGAUCUCGCAUGCGUUCACGACGUCAACUGGCCCUCCGGAAUUCAAUCGCGGCCUCUAAAGCUGAUCCCUCACUUCUCCUCUAAGUCGACCCUCAUAUGCUAUACACCCAAAUCCGUGUCUGCUGCAAGUCCCACCGCAUGGCGGUUACCCCUCCUACUAUAUAGACACCACUUUGGUUCCAACACAGCAAUUUCCCAUAUUAUCAGUAUAUUUAUUAUUUUAUGGCCGCCCUUACUUUCCGCGCACGCAAAAGCCCUGACACCCCCAUUCGAAAUCGACUGGUUUAGGCAACCGAUUACCCCCAUGAAGGAGUUCCAACUUCUUGUCUUUCCUGACAAAGCCUUCAGGAAUGGAGCAAUACAUAGCAGCAAACUCGCUGCACUUAGGAUCGUCAAAGACAGGAUUUCUAGUCGUAGGCCGAGAUACCGGCUCAUAACCGUCAGGAAGAGGAGCUGGAGCAGGCUCGUAAGCCGAGUCGUUGCGCCCUUGGCGUCCUGUGGAGACGCCCUUCAAGUUGGAGGCCUCGGAAAACUGGCCGAAGACGAGGCCGACGCAGCCGACGAAGUCGUUCCUGAACGUCGUAUGCUUGCGCCGUGCGCCGAAGGUGACGACGUCCAGGCCUCCGAACACGAACCUGGGCGGCGUUUUGGCGGGGUCGAGGCGCUUACGGACGUAGUCGCGGCCGUAGGUCGUCUCGCCGUUGAAUUCGGCCAGGAGUGCCUCGUUGGGCCGGAGCGCUUGGCCACCGGUCACGACGAUCACGAUCACGUCGUCGUCGACGAUACAUUUGGUGUGGGGUCGCCGGUUCGGGGAGUCGUAAUUAAAUGUUCAGUUGGGAGUCUAAUUAAAUGUUCAACAAACCGAAUACUUGAAGGGAAGUAUCACCUUGGGUUAUUCGUUUUCAGAGCGUGUGCAUUUUGGCGGUGGCGGCGGGCGGCGACGACGGCGGCGGAGGCAAGGGCUUGUGGCAGAAUCGGCGAGCGCAGCGUCGAUGUCGCAGUGAAUGCACCAGCAUGGGGCCGGCGCAUCGGCGCGUCGGAAGCAAGCAGUGAAUGCACCAACAUGGGACCGGCGCAUCGGCGCGUCGGCAGCAAGCGCUCGGCCGCGAAGACCAGCGGCUACGCGCCCUGGUACUGCUUGACGCCGGAGCGGCGCGACGCUAAGAAGCGCCGCGGACUCGUCGCCGCGGCGCCGCGCGGGCGGCGGCCGCCGGCGCGGCCGCGCGCGUCGGACGACGGCGUCGACGCCGAGUUCGCGGCGCUCCUGCGCGAGACGCCGCGCGGGCUGGCGCCCAGCGAUGCCUUCGAGCCCGCGGACGUGGUCGCUCUCACGCUCGAAGCGUUGCGCCGGCCGUCGGGCGCCUCGUCGCUCGAGCGCCUCGCCGCGGCGGACUUCCGGCCCGCGGGCUGCGCGACCCUGGACGCGCUGUACGCGGCGGAGGAGGACUCGCAGUACGCGCUCCUCUUCGACGACUACGCCUACGACGUCGACGACGACGCGCUCGUGCUCGGCGACGACGCCUUCGUGAACGUGCGCCUCGAGUCCGCCGCGGGCGAGCUGCUCGUGCGCCUCGGCUGGGAGCUGCGGCGCGGCGACGACGGUUGGUGGCGCCAGGCCAACUGCUGCGAGGACGACGACGUCGUCCAGGUCCCCUGCAACGAGCAGACGGAGAGCGACGUCCGCGUCGGCAAGCGCAACUCGCGCCAGCACUGGGUCUUCGACGUGCUCCCGGAGGUCGAGGAGGGCUACGAGCAGGGCGACGCGACGACGCUCCAAGGGCUCCAUGACUCAGGGGAGUGUGCAAUCGGCCCACUCAAAGGACACGCGGCGGUCGUUUUUCGAAGCGAACCGUCCCAAGAGUCCGUCCGACGUGGUGGGCUACUGGCCCAUACUCGACGACCCGCCUCCCUGUCAUUCUUCGACAACUCGAGCUCUGGACUGCCUUCAAGGCGACAACAACGCGAUGCCAUUGCGUAUCUGCACGCGACGAGAUAUCUUUGUGGAUAUUUCGGCGAUCCCUCAGACCCAGAUAACUGGAGCAUCGUUCGCAAGGCAAGCCUCUCGCUGACCAAUGAGAUUCGCAGGACCAUGCCGAAUGAAGUCGUAUGGUCGCCGAUGCGCUAUCUCGCAAUCGUCAAUAGAGUGAAAGAAGAGUGCGUUCUGGCAAGCACUUCAUCGGCCCUAGACGACCGACGCGAAUCCGGGGGCCGGGGGGAGCUCUUGGGCCUCGGGUGGGCUCUUAUUCACCCGGGCGUCGAUUGCCAGGGCUCUCUGUCCUCAAUCGCUGGACCGGGCCACAGACACGCAUUGCGAAUGGCAGCGAAUAUUCUAGGUGAUUUCGAGGGGGUGCACUGGCACGGAACACCAAGCCUGGCCGGGCGUGUCCCGGAGACAUCAGCCCUGAAUUAA